AUGUAAGUCUAGUAACUCUAAAAUCAGCUAAAAUUUACUAUUAGCGAUAACUCCCCAAAUGCAUCUUCUCAUUAUCUCAUUACCUCUCUGGCAUCCCAAGUUUAAACCUUAAACUUAGCAAGUUAGCUGAGAAGUCCAACUAAAAACGUAUCCCUAGUUAGUGAUAUGAAUCAAUCAUAGAGCUAGACUCCUGUUUUUGAACUCACAAAAAGAGAUAGAGCUGAAAGCAAUAAUAUGAAUGAUGACGGCAGACAGAGACUAUUUUCAGAUGUGAGUAAUAAUUCCAAGGGUAUAUCUAACAAGGAAUAGAUGUACAUUUACCACUCUUCCUUCGCAGGAGGCCGCAAAACAACCUACUGGGCUGGAGAGGGAGGCAAAAAGGAAAGUUAUCCAGAUACCUCUUAUAAUGUCACUAACCCUAGUUAUAAAAAUGAGUCCAAAAAUAAAAAUUAAAUUGACAACUUCAAGAGCUCAGGAUUUUCUUCAACUAAUAAUGUUCUUAUUAAAAAUGCAAAUGGGCUGAAGCUAAAGAUAUCUAGAAACAUCCAGGAUUAUAAAAUCAGAGGUAGAUCUAGACUAGAAUCGGAAUUAUCUAAAUAAAAAGCACACAAGAAUAAUAUUGCCAUCAAGCUCAAUGAUCUCAACAGGUAACUGGAUGAGUAACUUUAGCGGAAAAAUGAUGGGAGGGUAUCAAGAAAUCAGCAUCUAAAGGAUGAAAGCCAAAAUUAAUAUGAUAACUCAUAUUUUCAGACUAUGCAUUCUAAUAAGUAAAACAAGAGAAGUGGGCUUAGUACAAGAAACUCGUCUUUUAAUAAUAGGCUGACUCAUUAGCAAUCAAGAUCACAAUUGUAGUCUUAAUCUGAAAAUUACGACCUUCCAACUAUCUCAAACACACCAUUAGAUCUUGAGAAAUAUAAGAUCAAGGAUAGAAGUGCUUCAAGAGGUCCCAUUAGUAGCAUGAAGACCAUUGAUAGCAUCUAUACUAUUAAAAUGAGUGAUAAUAAUGCUGGUUUGUAGAAUGUACCUAAAGUUGAAUUCACAACUAAUAAGCUCUAAAAUGAUAGAUAUCUACACAUUAACGAUUAAUCUGGGUCUAGGCCUGAGCCCAGCACUUUUAUUAACCAGAGCAUUGAUGCAAGCAAUAAAGAUGUUAAGGAAGUAAUAAGAUCAAAGACCAUUUAAUCUCAAAGAAUCAAUACAUUAAGAAAGUAAUCUACUAAUAGAGAGGAGAUUCAAGUUGGCAUCAACUCUGCCAAACUAAGUAAGAACUCUAAGUUCAGUAAAUUAUACCAAUAACUACUCAAAAAGAGAGAGUAAGAUCUACAUGAUCCAAACAGUGCUUUGUAUUACUUACAGAGCAAGUACUAUAUGAAUAAUUAUAAUGCACUUUAAGGGCUAGAAUCUAGAGAUGUAAGAUUCCCUUUAUUUAAGCUGGUUAAAGAGCUACAGUAGUAAAACUUUCACAGUGUCGAUAAGAUUGAUAAGAAACUCAAGCAUUCACUCAGAUAAAAUAACUACUUCAAGCAAGUAAAUCUUGUGAAGUAAGAGAACAUGCUUCCUCAUCGUUUCAUUGUCAAUCAAGAUGGAUCAGUUUACAAGAAACUAUAUGCAAGUUAGAGUGGAGAAUUUGAUUAUUAGCAAAAUGAGAAUCUUUAAGUUAACAAGAUAUUUGAAUCUACAAGGAAUGACGUCUUACUAAUAUAGGAUUAAUCGAAUAGAUCUGUUUAGAAUUAGGAUAAGUCCACUGUCAAACUUAAUUCAAGGAACAAGACAAACAACCUGACUAGUUCUAAGACUGGUGUGGGGACUGGAGCAAAGUAAGAAAUGUAAUUGUGGGCUAGUUUUGAUAAUGAUUUCAAUUAAAAGCUUUUGAAAAUGGAUGGUGUCUCCAAAUACCAAUACUAUUCUAAGAAUCCGAUGUUGAACUACUGCAAGUAUCUAUUUGACCGAGAGAGAGUAAUAUCUUCUUAUUUCAGAUACAAUUAAUGA